GUACUUCAAUUCAUUCUUUCAGCCAUUCAUGAGUUUAGUAAUUUCUCAACGAGCCUUCUCUGCAUUCGUCAUAACACUUCUAUAUUCAAUUAUUAGAGGGUUCUUCAAUGGAUGGUAUUUGUGGCGUUAAACGGAUUCGGGGAAAUCUUGAUGAUUUUCCCACUCUUCAUUACUCUAACCCUAAUUGCAGCAAGGUUUCCGCCAGGCGCGACUUUCCUGGAAAGCCCAGUCUCCCCGUUGAAGAAUAUGACAGCGAUUAUGACCCUUCGGAAGAAGAAACAGAGCAAUUCGAUGAAUCUAAUGCAGCUAAAUCUGUUGCACUUGAGACAGAUCUUCGAAAAGACUUCGAUGAAUUUGAGCCUUAUUUUUGGAGGAGAAAUAAGACUGAUGUUGACGUUCUUGUGAACAGAGAGGAUGAGAUGAUUGAGGUAGAGUAUGAACCUGCAGAAGAAUUUAACAAAAUCGCUGUGAAAUCUGUUAGUUUUGCUGCUAAUCCCAGUCCUUUUAGUGUUGGUGAUGAUUGCGAAGAAGAAUUUAAUCCCCCAGAAUAUGAGUCAGAUUGUAAUGAUGCUAAGAGACUAAAAAUAUCCUCAAUCCGCAAUCUUCUCAAGGGGGUUCAUAAAUCAUCUGCUUACCCUAAUAAUCCUGUGAACAGUGAGGAUGAGAGUGACUAUGAUCCUUCAGAGGAAGAAGCACAGGAAGAAGGGGAAGAGUUGCAAGAAGAUCCUCAGCCAUCAAUGAUAUAUGGUGGGAAGGUAUCUGCAAGGCGUGAUUUUCCAAAAGGUUGUUUCCCGAUGUCCAUUAGAAGCUAAGCAGAUGAGCAUUAUGAAUCAAAGCAUUGGUUUGGAGUCUGAUUGAAUAGAUUGAUUCUUAAAAGUUUUGGUGUUUAGACUGUAGUUUUAUCUGGUUUAAUCUUUUGAAAAUUUCCUUACUCCCUGUAUGCAUUCUUGGAUGACUAGCUUCUUAACUUUUGUCCUGAAGAUGUAAAAUUACACACCCAUAUUGAUAUGCUUAGUGUAUGAAUAUUGAAUUCUAUGAUAUGAUACUCUUUCAUACA